AUGAAGUUCGGCCAUCUGUUCAAGCAGACUCUCCGGGAUGAGGGCUUCCCGCCAGAGUGGGUCGACUCGGCUAUCUCUUACUCGCAGCUCAAGAAAUGCAUCAAGAGGCUUACCGACGAGCUGCGGCAAGUGGGCCUUGACCCUGCCACCUUGUCCAAACUACUCAAACAUGUCGAAGACUACAAUGCUUCUACCAAAGAAGACGAUGAUCAGGAACGACCUUUCGAGUACAUUCUCAACCCCGAUAAUGCCAAGGAUAAUGCAUCGCCCUCGCGCAAGGCAUUCCAUCCAAAGCUCCUCUUCUACGUAAAUGAAUCGAGUGGAGAGGUACUGAGUGCCCAGUUGGACGAUGAUACCAGGCGCAAGCUUCAGAUGCUGGCCAUCGAGACGGGCAUGUCUGAUAUGCGCGUCUUGGACGACUCAAACUCGUCACUCCAAUCCAUCGACUCCAUAGAUCCAUCCCAUCCUAUAAUUACCACCCCGACCAAUGCUUCUCGCAACCGACCAGGGUACCGUACAGUCGAGGUUCCCAUCACCUCGGAUACGGAGUUCUUCACCAGGCUUACCAGUGAAGUUACAGGACUGGAGAAAUUGCAGGAGCGGGAGCAAAAGCGAAUGAAUGUCCAAAUCGAAGCAUUAGGGAAGCAGGUUGCAAAAUUGACGGAUCCAGACCGGAGAGCCAACAGGAAAAUGCUCACUGCUUGGCGUCAAAUCUUCCAGAUAUACGUGGAAGAAGGCAUCUUCUUUGGAACAACAGAGAUGGACCACAAAUCGCACGACUCGGAGAAGGCCAUGGCGAGACUGGCAGGAUUCUCAAAUAAGAUUGCCAAGGCUGGCUUGGUGGAACAACUGAAGAAGAAGGAGAAUCUACAAGCACUCAACACCUUCAUGCACAUCAACCGGGAGAUUCUCCAGGGCCUGCGAUUCGGUGAGAUCAACCAUAAUGCCAUGAUCAAGAUCCUCAAGAAAUUUGAUAAACGCACAGCGCUAGGCGUAAAGUCCACAUUCCCGCGUCAGGUAGAAUACCCAGAGUUCUCGGAACACCUCGCCAAAGCCGUCUGCGCAGAAGUCAACACACAAAUCCUAUCCCACGUCCCGCAGAUAGACGACUACUCUUGCCCUAUGUGCAUGGAGAUCCAAUGGCGGCCUGUAAAGCUUAGCUGCAACCAUACCUUCUGCAUCCGGUGCUUGAUCGUCAUGCAAAACAACAAGCAAUACAACUGUCCGUUCUGCCGCGAGAAGACAGUGUUCGAUGCAAACUCAGACAAUCUCGAUACCGAACAGGCAGCCUUCCUUAAGAAAUGGUUCCCAGAGGAAGUCAAGAACAAGCAGCGGUACAACGAGAUGAUGGCAGGUGUGGACCAGUACGGAGAAGUGUAUGCGACUGAAAACUUUGAUAGGUCGCAUGCUAAAUCUGUGCCAAAGAUUCAUGCGCGGCGGUUCCUUGUGGUAAGUCAUGUCCGCGGUUCAUCUAAAGAGAUGCUUGCUAAAGUAUCAUCAGGCACAUGA